UUAAACGCAGCACAUUUUACAGGAAUGGCAUGUCUCAUGGCAGCCUUUUCAUUCAACAACACCACAGUCACCAACUCCAUCAUAAUGAAUACAAACGGACCUCCCGAUCUCAUGCUGGACCCCAGAACUGUGUGUGUGUCCAUUGAUGAAAUGAUGUCCAACAACGUCAGCAGUCAACAAACGCCACUGUUACACGCGCACCUGAAAAAAGUGGAGAACAAUCUGACCGAGGCCCAGAGGUUCUCAUACCUGCCCCGCAGACCCGCGGUCAACAUCGAGUUCAAAGACCUCUCGUAUUCGGUUCCUGAAGGACCAUGGUGGAGGAAAAAAGGUUACAAGACCCUUCUGAAAGGGAUCUCUGGGAACUUCACCGGUGGAGCUUUGGUGGCCAUCAUGGGACCCUCGGGGGCUGGGAAAUCGACAUUAAUGAACAUUCUAGCAGGUUACAGGGAAACUGGCAUGAAGGGGGAAAUCCUGAUAAACGGGCAUCCAAGAGAUCUGCGUUCCUUCAGGAAAGUGUCCUGCUACAUCAUGCAGGAUGACAUGCUCCUGCCACACCUCACUGUGCAGGAAGCCAUGAUGGUAUCGGCUAAUCUCAAACUCCAGGAAAAGGAUGAAGGGAGACGUGAAAUGGUUCGGGAAAUCUUGACGGCUCUCGGCUUAUUGGAAUGUGCCAAAACACGCACUUCCCACCUUUCUGGAGGCCAGAGGAAGCGUUUGGCCAUCGCCCUGGAGCUGGUCAACAACCCGCCGGUCAUGUUCUUCGAUGAGCCCACCAGUGGCCUGGACUCGUCCUCCUGCUUUCAGGUGGUGUCUCUGAUGAAGGCUCUCGCUCAGGGCGGAAGAACCGUCAUCUGCACAAUUCACCAGCCCAGCGCUAAAGUCUUCGAGCUCUUCGACAAGCUUUACGUCCUCAGUCAAGGCCAGUGUAUUUACAGAGGAAAAGUGUCCAGCUUAAUCCCGUAUCUGCGAGAUCUGGGACUCAGCUGUCCGACAUAUCACAACCCUGCAGACUUUAUAAUGGAGGUGGCGUCUGGUGAAUACGGUGAUCAAACGGCUCGUCUGGUGAAAGCUGUGCAGGAGCACAAGUGCGAGAAAGACUACACAACUCAAAUGAACGGCAACGGAGUCCACAAUCCAUUCCUGUGGCACAGACCAUCCGAUGAGGACUCUUCAUCUUCAGAGGGAUGCCACAGCUUCUCUGCCAGCUGUUUGACGCAGUUCUGCAUCCUCUUCAAGAGAACUGUCCUCAGCAUCAUGAGAGACUCGGUGCUGACUCACUUGCGGAUCAUGUCUCAUCUUGGCAUCGGGAUUCUGAUCGGCCUCUUAUAUCUGGGCAUCGGCAACGAGGCCAAGAAAGUCCUCAGCAACUCUGGCUUCCUGUUCUUCUCCAUGCUGUUCCUCAUGUUUGCAGCUUUGAUGCCCACCGUUCUCACCUUUCCACUUGAGAUGGGCGUAUUUUUGAGAGAGCAUCUAAAUUACUGGUACAGUCUAAAGGCUUACUACUUGGCCAAAACAAUGGCGGAUGUGCCGUUUCAGAUUGUGUUUCCAGUGGCGUACUGCAGUAUAGUGUACUGGAUGACAUCACAGCCUUCAGACGCAGUUCGCUUCAUUCUUUUCCUGGCUUUAGGGACGCUCACGUCACUGGUUGCACAGUCACUUGGGCUACUGAUCGGAGCUGCAUCCACAUCAUUACAGGUAGCAACUUUUGUGGGUCCUGUUACAGCCAUCCCAGUGCUGCUGUUUUCAGGCUUCUUUGUCAGUUUUGACACCAUCCCCAAAUACCUCCAGUGGAUAUCAUACAUUUCUUAUGUCAGGUAUGGUUUUGAAGGGGUAAUUCUGUCCAUCUAUGGGCUGGACCGUGAGGACCUGCAUUGCGACAAAGACGAAACCUGCCACUUCCAGAAGUCCGAAGCCAUUCUGAAGGAGCUGGACGUUGAGGACGCGAAGCUCUACAUGGACUUUAUCGUGCUGGGCAUCUUCUUUAUAUCGCUCCGUCUGAUCGCCUACUUCGUCCUCCGAUACAAGAUCAAUGCUGAGAGGUAGACACCUGAAGGAUGUGAUGGAGAAAGAGUACUGCUGAGACUUUCUUGCCCAGGCAGGGCCAGGCUGAGAAAGCCAAAGCAAAGAGGGUUGGUCGCUCCAAAACAACCAUGGCCAUGUUUUCCCUCACAGGACUGAAACCUGGGCUGAACUUGAAGUCACAGUAUGUAGAUGCCCAGCUUUUUUGCGUGCUUUUAUACAGAAACAAAGAGCGUAGAACGCAACAGUUUUGGGGCUCAACCAAACAUCUGCAUGGAUAGAUUAAGAAACACGGGGAGCACACUGAUGAAACAUGAUGGUGAGACAUAUUCAGUGGAGAAGUUCUGAGUUUGGCUAUAUAAAGGUAAUGUGCUAGUUUCUGUGAUCAUUUUG